AGUAGUAUUCAGUCAUUCGUUUAAUAGCAUAUGUUGAGACCUUGAGAUAUUAUUUCCACUUUGAGCAUUUUGUUACUUGAAUAUCUUGUGCGAUGUAGUGUUUGCAUAUAAAUAAAUACAUCUCUUAAAAACUUUUUACUCGUUAGGAUUGGAAGUAUGCAUGGUUAUACCCACCAUUGUUUUAAGUGACUUUUCUUUUUGUACUGUCAUGUUGCAUAUGGAAACAUUUUACGUACUUCAUGGAGAUUUCACCACCUCUACUUUCUUGGCUGAUUGACACUACUUUUAAAUAUUUAUCCACUUGAAGGGCUGGAAGAUUUCUGAUAUGAUGUUUGCAACAAGGGGUGGCUUAAAUGAUGCAUGUUCUUCUGUAGCUAAACAGCUUGAUAAUGUUUACUCCUCCAUUUCGGUUACUGAGAGAGAUAUGUCGUUGAAAAUUCACCGAGUAGAUUGUAAAUAUAAUGUGGUUGCUGAUAAUACAACAGCAACGAAAGAGGAGGUGUCUGUACUGCGAGGUGAUAUGACAUCGAUUAGUUUAGAAAUCGAGGAUGUUACUCGUACAAUUCAGAUGAUGGAUUCUAGGAUUAACAGGAUGGAAGUGAAUCAGGACGAACAGAACACUGGAGUGUGCUACUUGCUAGGCGUGAACUAUGCAAGGGAGCUUGAAAAGAGUAAAAGCAUGGAGCAAAUUGAGCCUUGCCAGCCUGUUGUUUCUCCCCCUCCUAGUGCGAUUGCAGGUUGGAUGUCAACUGCUAACCAGUCUAUGCCUCAUGCCGCUGUUGCUGCAGCUCCUCAUGGCCUUGUUCAGGUAAAUUGUGAGGCCAAUAUUCUUAUUGUGCUUAUUUUUGGAAAAAUUCUGCAGUUGCUUACAUCUGAGGAAGGGACAAAACUUCAGCUAGAAAUAUCCGUAUCAGCUUCUGAUAUUAAAGAAAAGUACAAGGACGAAUGCAAACGAGUGUCAAAAGAGGAACAAGUUUUGAGAUUAGAUUUGUCAAAUAAGUUUCAAGAUGUUUUCUGAUAUAUUGUAAAGCUCCUGCCCAGUUACGAGUAUUUUGUGAUCUGGAGAUAAUGUAUGAAUAUUUUGGAUGUUAUAUAAUAUAUGUUACCGAUGUCAAUGUCA